AUGUCUCUUUCUUUCAUUCUUUCUUUCUUUCUUUCUUUCUUUCUUUCUUUCUUUCCCUUGCUCGACGUCACCAUCCGUUUUCUUUCUUUCUUUUUUUCAUUCUUUAUUUAUUUAUUUCUGUCUUUUAUAGCUAGUUUUUAUUGUUUUCAUUAUUUUAAUGUUAACCAUAUUUUCCUUUUCUUUUUCCUUCCUUUCUUUCUUUCAAUCAUUGAUUCUUCUUUCUCUAUUACACCCAUCCGUUUUCUAUCUAUCUAUCUGUCUAUCUAUCUAUCUAUCUAUCUAUCUAUCUAUCUAUCUAUCUCUUUUCAUUAUCUAUCUAUCUAUCUAUCUAUCUAUCUAUCUCUUUUCAUUAUCUAUCUAUCUAUCUAUCUAUCUAUCUAUCUAUCUAUCUAUCUAAUUUUCAUUAUUUUUUCUUUCAUUAUUACCCUUAUUCUAUCUAUCUAUCUAUCUAUCUAUCUAUCUAUCUAUCUAUCUAUCUCUUUUCAUUAUCUAUCUAUCUAUCUAAUUUUAAUUAUUUUUUCUUUAUUUAUUACCCUUAUUCUCUCUAUCUAUCUAGUUUCGUUUUUCUCUUUUUCUUUCCAUUUCUCUCUCCGAUACCACAUUUUGUUUGUCAUUGUUUUCGUAUUUUUCUUUCUUUCUUUCUUUCUUUCUUUCUUUCUUUAUUGCACGGAUCCUUUUUCUAUCUAUCUAUUUUUUAUUCUUUCUUUCUUUCGUUUUUCUUUCUUUCUUACACACGUCCCUUUUCUAUCUAUCUAUCUAUCUAUCUAUCUAUCUAUCUAUCUAUCUAUCUAUCUAUCUAUCUAUCCUUCUUUCUUUCUUUCUUUUACAUCUAGUUUAUGUUUUUUUCUUUCUUUCUUUCUUUUUGAUCUAGUUUAUAUUAUUCUUUCUUUCACCUUCGCUUUCUCUUACCAUUUAUUUUUUUCACUGUUUUCUCAUUUUUUUUAUCAUAAGCCUGUUUUCUACUUUCUUCUCUUCAAAAUUUCUCUUUCGAUAUUCUUCUCUCUGUUUUAA